AUGUCACCAUCCUAUAAGAUCGCUGUAAUCCAGCUCUAUUCAAGGGGCUGUGACUUGGCCGUCCUGCCUGAAUUCCACCUAACCAGCUGGGUUCCCACAGACCCCCGUUUCACAUCCGUUUGUGCCGACUGGGAAGAGUAUCUGAAGCGAUACCAGGCCCUAGCGAGAGAGUGUAAUAUAUGCAUUGUCCCCGGAUCCCUCGUCCGGCCCACCCCGGCCUCGCCCAACGAUACCACAGACCCGGGACUCGAGAAUGUGACUUAUUUUAUCUCCAGUACCGGGGAGAUACUGGGCUCGUACGUGAAGAAGAAUUUAUGGGGCCUGACCGAGCGGCCGUUUCUGCAAUCAUCGGGCGACUCUCCGCACCAGAUCAUCUCCACGCCCCUGGGUCCCGUCGGAUUGCUUAUAUGUUGGGAUAUUGCAUUCCCUGAAGCCUUCCGGGAACUUGUCUACCAGGGUGCGAGGGUAAUCAUUGCGCCAACCUUCUUAACAGAAGGCGCUGUCAGCAAAGCAGGUCAUGACCAGAAUCCGUCUGCUGCGGCAUUGUUUAUUGACAGUAUCGUUACUGCGCGAGCACAUGAAAACGCCUGUGCAAUAGUAUUUGCCAACGCCGGCGGACCGCCCGGGACACAUUACUGUGGAUUAUCCCAGGUCACUGUACCGUUUAAAGGGCCGAUAAGCAUGCAACGAAUCUUUGACGCAAAGCAAAGCACUGAGACUGUCACGAUCUGUGAAGUAGAAGAAGGAAAAAACAACGCGCUAAACGUUCAAGAUUGUCUCGACCGUCGGCCCGCGUCGAGCGACACCAUAAGACUCAAAGGCAAUGGCCUGCUGGCAGGCAUUGCUGUGUCCUCCGGCAUGGGAUUCGUUUUAUUUGGAUACGAUGACGGCGUGAUUGGCGGUCUUCUCACAUCGCCCACUUUCGAGGACACCUUCAAUCUCAGUAGCGGCAUGCAGGGCACUGUAACCUCGUUGUUCAUCAUUGGGUGUCUAGUCGGCUGUCUGUUCACCGGUAUCAGCAACGGUAGAUGGGGCCGUCUGACAGUCGCCCAUGCCGGCUCGCUUGUGCUCAGUAUUGGGGCUACGUUACAAGCCUCCAGCUUCGGAGUACCACAGCUAAUAGUCGGGAGAGUGGUUGCUGGAGUUGGUCUUGGAUUGAUUACCAGUAAUGUGAUUGUAUGGCAGUCGGAGAGUGCGCCUAGAAAAGUCCGAGGCAUGCUUGUUGCCAGUGCCUUGAGUUUGUUGAUUGUUGGCCAGCUUCUUGCCUACUGGAUAGACUACGCAAUGGCAGAUUAUGCGUCCAGCGUGGGAUGGCGUUUCCCACUAGCCUUCCAGGCCUUCAUUGCCAUUUUGAUGAGUCUUUUACUAUGUUUCAUGCCGGAAUCCCCCCGUUGGCUGUUCCAACAGGACCGCACCGAAGAAGCAACACAAAUCCUGCGCCUUCUCCAGACACACAAGGGUAUGAUAGACGAAGAAGCUCUCAGCGUCACCAUUUCCGAGAUUGUGGAAGCCCUUGAAAUGGAGAAAAAACAAGCUGGGUGGAAAGAGCUGCUUACCGAAGAUGCAGUCGGCUCUCGGCGACGAGUCCUACUUGCAUGUCUCUUGAACUCCUGCCAGGCUUGGAGUGGGAGCACACCGAUCAGUUACUACACUACCGUCAUAUUCCAAGAUUCAGUCGGUUUAUCUCAUCAACUUUCACUCCUGAUGUCCGGCUUUCUGCAGAUUUGGUUUCUGGUAGCCUCCUUCGGAACGUGGUAUACGAUCGAGAAGGUCGGCCGUCGAAGGUCAUUCAUGUUUUCUGCUGCCUGUAUGGCCGGUGUGAUGGCAGGCUUAGCGGCCUGUAUUGCAGUCGACACUCACGUCAGCGGUAUUGUAGCUGCGGUGAUGAUAUUCCUGUACCAAAGUUCCUAUACUUGGGGGUUCAUGGGCGGUCUUUGGUGUUACGGUCCUGAGAUUCUCCCCCUCGCUCAUCGCACAAAAGGCUCCGGUCUAGCAACCGCUUUUCUCUGGCUGUCAACAUUUGUAGUGGUCGAGUUUGUGCCCACAGCCAUCGACAACAUUGGCUGGCGCGUAUAUAUUAUUUUCGCUGUCUUCAACCUCGCCUUCAUUCCGAUGAUCUACUUUCUAUUUCCCGAAACAGCAGGAUUUACGCUUGAAGCCGUCGAUCUUGCUUUCAUGGAUAAAGAGAAAGGGCCCGUCAAGCGAGCAAAUGAAUUAUGGCAUGUUAUCAGACAGGGUGGAGAUGUCGGGCUGAGGAGGGAGCUUGUCAACGAAAAGAAGGAAGCAGGCGGAGUAGAAAUGAUUGAGAAUGUUUAG